ACGGCGGCCGGGCAGGGACGCUCCUAGCCGCUUCUCCGCGCAGCCGAGAGAGUCGGGGUUCUUGCCGCCGACCCGCGGCGGAGGCGGCAGGGCCCCCUCGAGGCCGUCUGGCCGAGCCCCCAGAGGCUGUCCGUGGAGGCCUCGACCCGCGGCUGCCUUUCCGCAGGUCGCUUCCCAGCUUCGGCCUUCCGCCUCAGGAUGGGUGCCUCGGGUGGGGAAGCGGCAGCGCCCAGCAGGCCCCCGGAGCCCCCGCUGCUCCCGGACCUGCCCCAGGGGCCCCUGGGCGCCUACCGGAAGAAGGCGUCCUUCGCCUGGAAGGAGAUGGCCCUCUUCGUGGAGGAGGAGGACCUGGUCCGCUUCAAGCACAAAAUAUUCUCGGCCCUUGAAAAUGACCCUCUCUUUGCUCGUGUCCCCGGAGAAGAGUUGCCGCUUGAGAGGUACCGGGAGCUGACCUUCCUGCGCUGUCGGAAGCUUUUUGAAUACGAUUUUCUCAUCUUGGAGGAGAUUCUUGCAAACCCCCUGAAAGUGGUUGUUCUGAUCAGCUGCCUGGGGAUGUACGACUGGUCCCUGGGAACCAAGUACUUGCUCAACUACCAGGUGUUCAAGGACAACAUUGAGAGUUCCGGAUCUGAAAGACAUGCAAAAUUCAUUGAACAAGUUGAAAGCAUGGAGAUAUUUGGAUGCUUUGCACUCACCGAACUCAGCCACGGCAGCAACACCAAGAACAUCCAGACAGUUGCCAGAUACGACCCGGAGACGCAGGAGUUCGUUCUACACUCGCCUGACUUCGAGGCUGCCAAGUUCUGGGUUGGCAACAUGGGGAAGAACGCCACGCACGCGGUGGUCUACGCCCAGCUGCACACGCCAGAUGGCCAGCGCCAGGGGCUGCAUUCCUUCGUGGUGCAGAUCCGAGACCCAAAGACGCUGCUUCCAAUGCCAGGUGUGAUGGUUGGUGACAUAGGCAGGAAACUUGGACAGAAUGGCUUGGAUAAUGGGUUUGCCCUGUUCCACCAAGUGAGGAUCCCCAGAAGGAACCUGCUGAGCCGCACAGGGGACGUCAAUGCUGAAGGGAAAUACACGAGCGCCUUCAAGGAUCACAAGCGGCGCUUGGGGGCUUCGCUGGGCACCUUGUCCAGCGGGAGAGUAAUGAUCAUCGCCAUGUCCGUGGCCAAUCUGAAGCUGGCCGUCUCCAUCGCCAUUCGCUUCUCCGCCACCCGGCGCCAGUUCGGCCCAAGCGACGCCGAGGAGAUUCCCGUCCUGGAGUACCAAAUGCAGCAGUGGCGCCUGCUGCCUUACCUGGCGGCCACCUACGCCCUGGACUACUUCUCCCGGGAGCUCUUCCUGCGGUUCAUGGAGUUCCACAUUGGGCUGCUGAUGAAGGACAAGGGUACCCUGCAGGCCGAGCUGGGCCGCGAGAUCCACGCCUUGUCCAGCUCGGGCAAGCCCCUCGCCUCCUGGCUCGCCCAGGAAGCCAUCCAGGAAUGCCGGGAAGCCUGCGGGGGACACGGCUACCUUGCCAUGAAUCGCCUGGGCGACAUCCGUAACGACAAUGACCCCAACUGCACCUACGAAGGAGACAACAACGUUUUGCUGCAGCAAACAAGCAACUACCUGCUGCGCUGGAUGAGCGAGAGAUCGCAAGGCCACCCUGUUUCGUCGCCUAUGGGAUCGGUUGAUUUCUUAAACGAUUACGAUGCUAUUCUCCGUCAGACCUUCGUCCUUCCGGAUGCCCAGGACCUCAUGGACUCCUCAGCGUCCUUGAGGGCCUACAAGUGGCUGGUGUGUUACUUGCUCCGAGGAAGCAUCCAGAAACUGAGGAAGCAGGAGGAAAGCGGCUGUGCUGAGUUUGAGGCCAAGAACAACAGCCAGGUGUAUUAUUGCCGUUCUCUAGCUAUAGCUUUUAUUGAGCAUACGGUGUUGGAAAAGUACCACAAACACGUGCACAGUCCCAGCACACCAGUUAAUCUCCAGCCGGUACUAAAGCAUAUUUGUUCGCUCUAUGGACUCUGGUCUUUGAAUAAGCACACGGCAAUACUCUACCAAGGUGGCUACCUUUCCGGGGAAAAUGCCGGUAAACUGAUACAGGAUUCAAUUCUGGAACUUUGUUCAAAGCUGAAGGACGAAGCAGUGGCUCUGGUGGAUGUCAUUGCCCCCCCCCACCUUAUCCCCCGUUCCCCGCUUGCCAAGGCCGGUGGAGAGCUAUAUAAAAAUCUGUGGGGUGCGGUUCUUCAGAGCCCCAAGAGCCUGGAAAGGCCUUCCUGGUGGUCAGAAUUUUGUAACAACAAACCUGUCGUGGGCAAGUUGAGGUCCAGAAUGUAAACAAGAAAGCCCAUCAAGAGCUGCUAGUGAACCUUCAUCACAGGAGGGAAAGGAUCAUGUUAAAGGAAAUGAAAGAAGACACCGAGCAACAC